CGUCGAAUAGUUGAUGAUCUUUUUCUUGCCCUUUUCCAUCGAAAAAACAAACAAUAACUAAUCAAAAUACUCGUUAAAAAUGGAAAUCGGAUCUUCUUCAGGUAAUUUCAAGCUCUACGAUCAACUAGAAUUGCUGGAAUAUCAAGAUAAGUUCGUGAUCAAAGCCGUCGAAUCUCCCGAUCAAGGCUUCUCGAUUUGCCGUCUUGAAGGAAACAUUGAGCCACUACCUGAUGAAUCUUCUUCUGGAAAGCCGUCCAAAAUCUCUACGAUUUACGGCGUGGCUGGAACAAUUAGAUUGCUUGCAGGAAUAUAUGUACUUGUUAUAACUUCAAGAAAGGAAGUUGGAAGUUUUCUAGGUUACCCUGUUUACCGAGUUGAAUCUAUGAAAUUCCUGGCUUGCAAUGAGGCCUUGAGGUAUUCAAAUUCUCAAGAAAAAAGAGAUGAGGCUUACUUCAUGACGCUGUUAAAAACAGUGGAAGCAACUCCAGGAUUGUACUAUUCGUAUGAAACAGAUAUAACAUUGAACUUGCAAAGAAGAUGCAAGUUAAUGGAAGGGUGGAUGAGCAAACCAAUAUGGAAGCAGGCUGAUCCUCGAUUUGUUUGGAACAAACAUCUUUUGGAGGAACUUAUUGAGUAUAAGCUUGAUGGGUUCAUUAUUCCUCUCCUACAAGGAAGUUUCCAAGUUGCUCAGCUAAAGUUGAAGAAUUCACCUGCCACAUUUAUAUUACUUUCAAGGAAGUGUACACGACGUUUAGGAACACGUAUGUGGCGAAGGGGAGCUAACCUUGAAGGAGACACUGCUAACUUUAUUGAAACUGAACAGUUGUUGGAGCUUGAAGGUUUCAGGUGUUCAUUAUUGCAGAUACGAGGCUCUAUUCCACUGCUUUGGGAGCAAAUUGUUGAUUUAAGCUAUAAACCCCAACUUAGAGUUAUUAAUCACGAGCAGACGCCAGAAGUUGUGGAGCGCCAUUUCCAUGAUCUUUUUCAAAGAUAUGGAGAAACUAUAGCACUGGAUCUAUUGAAUAAACAUGGUGAUGAAGGUCAACUAAGUGCUGCAUAUUCAGCUGAGAUGCAAACGCUUCCAAAUGUGAGAUACGUAUCAUUUGACUUUCAUCAUGUUUGUGGGAAUUCAAAUUUUGAUAACCUUCACAUACUAUAUGGUCAAAUCUCUGAGGAAUUUGAAAAGCAAGGAUACUUUCUCGUAGACACAGAUGGCAACAUCCUGGAGGAGCAGAAAGGCAUUAUUAGAUCUAACUGUAUUGACUGCCUUGAUCGAACAAAUGUUACCCAGAGUUACCUUGCUCAGAAGUCUUUAAAUAUCCAAUUGCAAAGGAUCGGGGUAUUUACUUCUACUGAGUGCAUUUCUAUGUUUGCAGAGGAUUACGGAAAGUUCAGAACACUGUGGGCUGAGCAAGGUGAUGAGAUAAGUCUCGAAUAUACUGGGACUCAUGCACUUAAAGGGGACCUUGUUAGAUACGGCAAACAAACAGUGGCUGGACUUCUCAAAGAUGGGAUGAGUGCAUUAUCAAGAUACUAUUUGAACAAUUUUCACGAUGGAAUUCGGCAGGAUGCAUUGGAUCUUGUUAGUGGUCGCUAUACCGUCAGCAGAAAUAAUCCUUCACCAUUCCAGCUUAAUAGUUUCGAAUCUUUCUCUUAUCUUCCGGUGGCAUCCGCUUUGCUGAUAGGAGGUUUGACAGUGACAACUUUCACGAUUCAGCAAGCGGGUCGAAAUGCACAGCAAUAUGUCUCUUCUGUCGUGUGGGCUGGAGUGACUGCUGGGGUCAUGGCUCUGAUGAAAGCUAACGGAAGGCAGUUUUGUUCUAGGCCUCGCUUGUGUGGCCUCUUGUAAACUACUCUCUUCUCCAGAUUGUGGUUUCAGCACAAAAAGUGUACAAAAUGAAAAAUUCUCAGGUAGUUUUGAAGGCUUUUCGCUAUGUUAGACAUAGUCUUAAACACAUAUAAAUUUUUUAUACAGUCUUUACUAGUGAAUGCAAUUUCAUUUUUUA